AUGGCUCGUACUCGUACUCGAGGCCCUCCUCGCAUAGAUAGCACUUCUCAGAAUACCUCCAAUGGUGCAACUGUUUCAACUGAUGCAAAUAGGUUCUCUGCUCUUGAUCUGACUGGUCAUUCAUCCCAUGAGGAUGCUUGGAAUCCUUAUUUUUUGGCUCACAGUGAUCAUCCUGGUGCAAUUCUGGUUCCCAAAAUUCUCACAGGAGGUGAAAAUUACAGUUCUUGGAAGCUGUCCAUGACUGUUGCUCUUCUUGUUCGGAACAAAUUGAAGUUUGUUAAUGGAAAGAUCAAUCCACUUGAUCCUGAAGAUGAUGACUAUGAUGCUUGGUGUCGAUGUAAUAGCAUGGUCAUUUCGUGGAUUCUCCAUGCUGUAUCCAGUGACAUCGCUGAUAGUAUCAUGUAUCUUGAUGAAGCAUCUACUAUUUUGUCUGAGCUCCAUGACCGUUUUCAUCAGAAUAAUGGUCCUCGUGUGUUUGAAGUGAAGCGAUCCAGGCAGGCUCUCACGCAAGGAAGCAAAUCUGUCCAAGCUUACUUUACUCGGCUCAAAGCUCUUUGGGAUUUGGUUCGUGAGUUUCGCCCUCAACCUGUUUGUAACUAG